AUACAUAUCAGAAACAUGUGCAAAAAAUAAUUUUAGUAGAUAUAUUUGACAACUCGGUAUAAUGCGUAGAAAAUUAUAAUAAGGUUCGCACUUGUAAGGAAGAGAAUUUUAGAUUAUGAUGCAACAGUGUUUUUGGCAAAUAUGAAUGAAGGAAGUUAAUGGAUUGUUGAGCUAAAAUGUAUUUUGUAUACGAUUGAAAUUUGCAUGGAAAAGUAUUUCCCAUUUCCACUAGGGAGGGCGUGCGCGCGCAACACUGUGACUGUGACUGUGACUGUGAUCGCCGCCAUCUUACCGUGACGCGCAGUUUACAAGUAUAUUCUCUGUGAGUGACGAUUUUGUGAAUUUGACGUGGCUCAUACGUAUUUACCCAUUCCGAAUAUCAAAACGUAGUGACGAUAAAUACGUAAGUGGGGCGAAAUGGAGGGACUGGUGGAGGAGAAUGGGGCACCACCUUCGCUGGAUCCUUUAGGCCCACCACCUGCUCCAGAACAGGUACAGCAGUAUUUGGUGCAAUCUGUAAUUCAACCCACUCAGCAGUCAGUGAUCCAAUCUGCUACGAAUAUUCCAAUGCAAAUUUCAAAAGGAAAUGUUAUUCUUCUUAGUAAACCUACAAACUCAGUUAUACAUACGACACAGGGUAGUUUGCAAACUUUACAAAUAAAACCAGAGCCUACCACUCUUAUGACAACUCCAAUGCAUAUGGCUGAAUCUAAUAGUGAUGAUAAUAGUGAAUUUAGUGAUGAAGAAAGUCCCAAAAAACGUCGAGAUUUGUUAACCAGAAGGCCAAGUUAUCGAAAAAUUCUGAAUGACUUGGGAGGCGGUGAGAUAGCUGGUACAUAUCGAUUGAUACCUGCGGGAGCAUUACAAAUAUCUAGUGGUCAAGAUUCACCAUUACUCACAAUGCAAGGAGGUACUGGAGCAACAAUUGUACAAUACACAUCAGGACAGGAUGGUCAAUUCUUUGUCCCAGUAGCACAAAGUGGUACUUUAAGUGGAUCUGUUUUAGGAGAGGAUCAAAAUCGUAAAAGGGAAAUGAGAUUGCUUAAAAACAGAGAAGCGGCCAGAGAAUGUCGAAGGAAAAAGAAGGAAUAUAUAAAAUGUCUAGAGAAUCGUGUUGCAGUACUUGAGAACCAAAAUAAAACUUUAAUUGAUGAAUUAAAAUCUCUAAAAGAACUAUAUUGUCAGCAAAAAGCAGAGUGAAUUUAGUAUAGCAUAUGAGAAUUAGUACCCUUGAGAACCUUUGCCUUCAUAGCAUGAAAUUGUGCAAGGCUUUGCUGAUCAUUGCUAUAUAUUUAGACAUUUGUGAGCAUAUUUGGUUGACUCUGUAAAAUACUCAGCGAGGAGAGAAGUAUCAGGCAAGUAAUCAAGUUUUAUUACUUAAUGCAUAACAACACGAAUGACAGUUAAUUAUUAAAGUUUUCCAGAUUAUAUAAUUAUAUUUAUAGUAUAUUUUAAAUUAUUAUUUGAAAAUUAAAUUGUUGCGACUAAUUUUAUCCAUGCUAAUGAGUAAAAUGUGAUCUGGGUAUUGACUAUUAGAUGUUUCAUCAACGAAGAAGUUGUUAAUAAUGUUUUUAAAUUAUAAAAUGCUAGAUAUGCAACAUAAUGAGAAUUUGUAUAUAAUGUAUAUUUAUAAAGAAAAUUUAAAUAUCAAAUUAUUUUUAAGUAUGAUUUAUUAAUUUUUAUUUA